AUGUUUUUGCAUGUGACAGACCGAGUCUCCCAGUCAAACGUUCUGCUACUGCACAAGGUCAUCCCUGUCAUAGACAUACUAACAUCAAAGCUCGUUGAUGCCAUCAGUGACACGCAGCUCCCCAACCAAAUUUGCUUCACUGCUGCCCUUGGUUGGGAAGUUCUGAACAAGUACUACUUUGCUACAGACGAAUCUAUCAUGUACUGCUGCGCAAUGAAUAUGUAUUACUAUAAGUUAGACUACUUUCGAUGCCAGAAAUGGGAGGCACCAUGGAUCGGUAUGAUUGAAAGCCUGCUACGAAAGCAGUGGAACUUCCAUUACAAGCCCAAAGCCACGGAGGUCAGCUCAGCAUCUACAUCACAGUGCACAGACACUCCUGCAAAUAUGUUCACGUCUCUCAACAUGCUUGACAUGGAUCUCAAUGUGGAUGCUCUCGAUGAGUGGCUGCAAAGCCCUCCGCUUCUUACAGUCAACGAUCUGCUGGCAUUUUGGGACGUUCAAGUCAAUGGGCCAAAUUGUCUGCUGGCAUCCAUAGCACUGGAUUCCUUGUCAGUUCCUGCGGCCUCUACAGAUAUUGAGCGCGCCUUCUCUCAGGGUGGGCUCACUGUCUUGAAACACUGUCACUCGCUUAACAAUGAAUCAACGCGAGCAGCUACAGUCAUCAGCUCAUGGGCAGCUGUAAUGUGGCUUAUACCGGAAUAA